AUGACAGGCACACAAUUGAGGGAUUUGUACGACAGUGGUAUUGAAGAUACAGAGAUUAGUAUAAAUGUCGGAGGCUACAAGAAGAGGUUAAGGUAUGACACACUUCUAAGAUUCCCAGAGACAAGACUGUGCAAGUUGUUGACCUGUCAAUCAAAGGAAUCCAUCCUGGAACUGUGUGAUGAUUAUGAUGACACCAAGAAUGAAUUUUACUUUGAUAGGAACCCAGACCUGUUCCCUUAUGUGUUACAUUUCUACAACACUGGGAAGCUCCAUGUUAUGGGCGAACUCUGUGUUUUCUCCUUCUGCCAAGAGAUUGAAUACUGGGGGAUUAAUGAAUUCUUCAUAGACUCCUGUUGCAGUUACAGCUACCAUGGACGGAAGGUGGAACCAGACCAGGAUCAAUGGGAUGAUAAAAGUGAGCAGGAAAGCACCACAUCCUCUUUUGAUGAAAUCUUAGCAUUUUAUCAUGAUGCUUCCAAGUUUGAUAGACAACCCCUUGGAAGCUUCAGGAGAAGACUUUGGCUUGCACUGGAUAAUCCAGGAUACUCCAUCUUGAGCAGGAUAUUCAGCAUACUGUCCAUUUUGAUAGUCAUUGGAUCUAUUGUCACUAUGUGCCUCAACAGUUUGCAGGAUUUUCAGAUUGUCAAUGCUAAUGGCAGCACUGAAGAAGACCCCCGCUUUGAGAUUGUGGAACACUUUGGCAUAGCUUGGUUCACACUUGAACUGGUGGUGCGUUUUGCCGUUUCUCCAGAUAUGACUUUGUUCUUCAAGCAUCCAUUGAACAUCAUAGAUUUUAUUUCCAUUGCUCCAUUUUAUAUCACCUUGAUAGUCAACCUAGUGGUGGAGAGCUCUCCAACUCUAGCAAACCUAGGUAGAGUGGCCCAGGUACUGAGACUUAUGAGAAUAUUCCGUAUCCUGAAACUGGCCAGACAUUCAACGGGUCUGAGGUCUUUGGGGGCAACCCUAAAAUACAGCUACAGAGAGGUGGGAUUGCUGUUGCUUUAUCUUUCUGUAGGGAUCUCUAUAUUCUCUGUUGUGGCUUACACUAUAGAAAAAGAGGAGAACGAUGGGUUGGCCACCAUCCCUGCCUGUUGGUGGUGGGCUACUGUUAGCAUGACCACAGUUGGGUAUGGAGAUGUGGUCCCAGGCUCCAUAGCUGGAAAAUUGACUGCUUCUGCCUGCAUCUUAGCUGGAAUAUUGGUCGUUGUGCUUCCCAUCACUCUCAUCUUUAACAAAUUUUCACAUUUUUACAGACGACAGAGGCAGUUAGAGAAUGCUAUGAGGAGCUGUGAUUUUGGAGAUGGGGUAAAAGACAUUGCAUCCGUUAAUCUUAGGGAUUACUAUGCCCAGAGAGUCAAAUCCUUAAUGGCAAGCAUCACAAAUAUAAGUAAAAACACCUCCAGUGAGCAGAGUCUAAAUGAUUCCUUAAGCUAG